AUGGUCGGAUCCCCACCACCACCACAGUCACCCGCUGCGUAUUUUCCCCACUCUCUCUUCGGGAACCUUCCCCUUCCCCCUUCCCCCUUGCUCUUUCCGUCAACUUCCCCACCGCCGCCGUUCUCCGUCACCGCCGCCCCCUCCCCCUUCUCUCUCUCUCAACGACGAGCGGCGCCGCUGACUCUCCAGAGCUCCUCCGCUUCGCCGUCGUCUUCCUCCUCCUCAUCCUCCAGCGGCUCCUCCUCCGCGGCAUCUUCUUCGUCCUCCUCCUCGGCCAGCAGCAGCGCCGACGAAGAUGAAGAAAACGACGCCAAUCGCGGCGAAGUGAGGUUCGGCCACACAGAUCCGCCGCCGCCUCAAGACUACAACCCCUGCUGUGCCUCCGCCGCCGCCUCUCCUUCGUCGGUGGACUGUUCGGAGCCCCCACCGCCGCCGUUCACCGCUGCCCCCUCCCCCGGGCUCUCUCUCUCAACGACGUGGGGAAAACCCCCGUCAAAAUGA